AUGGACCCACAAGCUCAAUACGACUUGAUCACAAAAAACUUGCAAGAAGUUUUGAACCCUCAAAUCAUCAAGAAUGUCCUUGAGGUUGAAAAACGUGCUUUAAAGAUCUACUGGGGGACCGCUCCAACCGGGAAGCCUCACUGUGGUUACUUUGUCCCAAUGACCAAACUUGCCCAUUUCUUGAAAGCCGGUUGUGAAGUCACAGUUCUUUUAGCCGAUUUGCAUGCUUUCUUGGACAACAUGAAGGCUUCUUUGGAAGUAGUGAACUACCGUGCUAAAUAUUACGAAUCCAUCAUCAAGGCCAUUUUGAAAUCUAUCAACGUUCCAAUUGAAAAAUUGAAGUUCGUUGUCGGUUCUUCUUACCAAUUGUCUGCUCAAUACACCAUGGAUAUCUUUAGAUUGUCUAAUAAGGUUUCCCAGAAUGAUGCCAAGAGAGCCGGUGCCGAUGUGGUCAAACAAGUUGCCAACCCAUUGUUAUCUGGUUUAAUUUACCCAUUGAUGCAAGCUUUGGAUGAAGAAUUCUUGGGUGUCGACGUCCAGUUUGGUGGUGUCGAUCAAAGAAAGAUUUUUGUUUUGGCUGAAGAAAACUUGGAAGCUUUAGGUUACAAAAAGAGAGCUCACUUGAUGAACCCAAUGGUCCCAGGUUUGGGACAAGGUGGUAAGAUGUCCGCCUCCGAUCCAAAUUCCAAGAUCGACUUGUUGGAAGAACCAAAACAAGUGAAGAAGAAGAUUAAUAGUGCUUUCUGUGAGCCUGGUAAUAUCACCGAUAACGGUUUGCUUUCCUUCAUUGAAUUUGUGUUGAUUCCAAUCUACCAAUUGAAGCACGACUCAGAAGACGCUUUUACUUUCCCAAUCAACAGACCAGAAAAAUACGGUGGUGAUAUCAUUUACAAUUCCUUGGACGAAAUCAAGAAAGAUUUUGCUGAAAAGAAUUUGGCCCCACCAGAUUUGAAAUCAGGGGUUGCCGAUGCCAUCAAUGGAUUAUUGAAGCCAAUUAGAGAUGAAUUGUUGGAAAACAAGGAAUUCCUUGAAUCUUCCGAAAAGGGUUAUCCUGUGGAAAAACCAGCCCAACAAAAGAAGGCCAAGAAGGUCAAGAAGAUUGGUACCCGUUACCCAGGAGGUGCUAACGCCAAUGAAAAGAAACCAGAAGCUGCUGAUGCUGCUGGCGAUGCUGUUGAACAAGCUGCUAAGAAAUUGGAAGAAACUACUUUGUAG